AUGUUUGCCGUCUGGGAUGAUAAUCUAGCUAAAUCUGCAGAAGCUUGGGCAGCUACCUGCAUUUGGGACCAUGGGCCUCCUUACUUGUUGAGAUUUCUGGGACAAAAUUUGUCUGUACGGACUGGAAGGUAUCGAUCCAUUCUCCAGCUGGUGCAACCCUGGUUUGAUGAAGUGAAAGAUUAUGCUUUUCCAUAUCCUCAGGACUGCAAUCCAAGGUGCCCAAUGAGAUGCUACGGGCCCAUGUGCACACAUUAUACUCAGAUGGUUUGGGCCACUUCCAACAGAAUAGGCUGUGCAAUCCACACGUGCCCUAAUAUGAAUGUCUGGGGAGCGGUUUGGAGCCGAGCUAUUUAUUUGGUAUGCAACUAUGCCCCAAAGGGAAAUUGGAUAGGAGAAGCACCGUAUAAAGUUGGAGUGCCAUGUUCUGCUUGUCCGCCCAGUUACGGAGGAUCAUGUACUAACAAUCUUUGCUUUCCCGGAGUGACAUCAAACUACUUAUAUUGGUUUAAAUAAUAGUACAAUUGUUCUAAUGAAAUGCAUGUGUAACAAAAUCUUGUAUAUUUAAGUUUGCAUAUAUUGUAUAUAUAAUGUAUUGAUUCAUUAAUAUUAUUAUAGACUUUAUAUAAUAAUAUGAAGAUUAGUUUUUAAGGAUAUAAUCAGGGGUGAAAUGCUACUGGAUCGGACUGGAUCAUGUGAUCUGAUAGCAAUUGUGGCCGGUAGUUCGGCGAUUUGGUAGCAAUGGCGGAGCAAUGCUCUGCCCACCCACCUGGGUAUCAUUACUUCCUGGUUUUAACCAGGAAGUAAUGUAUUUCUUAGCUUCUGCACAUGUGCAGAAGGUCUGCGCAUGCAUGUGACGCAUGUGCACUUCCGAGCCGGUAAGGAAGGUAAGUAGAUUUCACCCCUGGAUAUAAUGUAUAUUUAAAUAUUUCCCUUUAAGUGACAAAGUUACUCUUUUGGACCACUGAUAGCUACAGAUUAAUAAUGUGCCUUAAACCACAAAGACAAGGGGAAUUGGAAUAGGAAUGAAAGUGAUUAUGUUUAGAUCCUUAACGGCCUUAAAGGAAUGUAUCUUCAAAUAUUUUAUAUUUAUAGGCCUGGCACAAGAUGAACUUUAGAUUAUUAUAUCUAAUCCUUUGAGUUUUACUUGUGUGCAUAUGUAUGUGUUUUACAAAAAUGGGAAACAAGAUAUAUCCUGGCUACAAAUUGAAAAGUUUAAAUAACUCAGAUUGGUAGAAUAAUAUCAAUAUGGGAUAUUUCUUUGUAUUACUAUUUAGAAUGAGCGAAAUUAUGAUAUUUUUGAAAAAUGUGCCCAACCGACUGUAAUUUUAUAAAAGAACACGAAGUUCUCCAGAAAAUUUAACAGAAGAAAAACAACAACACUGAAAUUAUAAUGGUGUAUAUUUGUACAGCUUUAUUCUCUAGUACAGGGGUCUCCAACCAUGGCAACUUUAAGCCUGGCGGACUUCACCUCCCAGAAUUCCCCAGCCAGCAAAGCAAAGGUGGCUGGGAAAUUCUGGGAGUUGAAAUCCGCCAGGCUUAAAGUUGCCAACAUUGGAGACCCCUGCUCUAAUAGUAGUAUCUAGUGAGCAAAAAAAAAAAAAAAAAGUCCAAACAUUUUCCUUUACUUAAAAUAUAUAUGUGCAAUUGUGGCAAAAUUCUGUGGACUAACUUUAGUUUUGUGCUUAGAAAUAUACUUAGUUAUGUUGCUUUAGUUGAACAAAGCCCUAAAUCAAAGCAACGUGGCUAUCAUCUGAGGGUCACAAACACUCUUCUUCCUGUUUGUGAUACUUGAGGCCACUGUUGCUUCUGGGUUUUGCGUUGUGAACUACUUGACCCUUAUCAAUGAUAUUCUUUGUAGAUAGAGUGGAGCAGAUGGGUGCUGCCAUGCUAAUGUGGAUCCCAAGUUCAUUAGAGGAUGUGCAAUAAUAUCAGACAGCGAAUUGUUUACUUUUGAUAAAGUUAGAUAUAUUUUAAACAGCAUCAGGUUUACUAUUACCUGGAUGUUCAAGACAGGCCGGACUGUAAUAAUAAUGCACUCUUCUAUCCAUAUAUAAGCUAACAUUAAUUUAGAGUCAAAGAUCUUGCUUCUUAAUGGAGAAUAUUAGUUUGCUUUAUAGUAACCAACUAGUUUGCUUUAUAGUAACCAAAUUUUCCCCCAGCACUAAAAUGGUGAUUGGAUAGCAAUUAUACUGUAAAACUGAGCUUCUGUGGGGUACAUGAUGUUCCACUAACUAUAGUCCAUAACUCAUUGGCAAAAAGAUAGUCAAGAAAUAGUUUUGUAACAUUACAAGCAAACCUUAUAAUCUGUUGACCUCUCAUCACCGUCAAUGUAGUGAGGGACUCAUCCUGUCAUAGGGAGAAAACCUCUUGAGUCCAGUAUGAUUUUAGCUUGUGGAAUAGGUUAAAACCCUUUCUAAGUACUAGAAGGAAUGGUGAGCAAAAAAAUUGCUAUAUAUUUAAUUUUUUUUUAAAAAAAGGAGUGACAUUUAAAGUGUAAUCACUUUCAGAAGUAAUAUAGUAUGCUUUCUGAAUAGCAAUUGUACAUACCUGAUUCUGUAUUGCAGCUGAAACUAUUACAAAGAAUAUACAUGCAUUCAUAUUUUAGUGAUAAUUAUUCUUCUACAUUGAUAAAAAUAACCUGAUUCUAUGGAAUAUUAUCUUUUAAUAACUCAGACCACAAAACCUUACUACCAAACUGGUGCAUAUGAGUUUUUAUAAUAUGUAAAAUGGUGCUAAUCUAGAGCAAAAUCCUGGCUCUGUUGAAAACUAUGCCCAUGUUUUUCAUUGUUUUCAGAGAAACUAUGGGUCAUCUACCUAUUCAUUAUAAACACACUGUUAAUUGAAACAAAUACAACAUAAGCUAUUUCAUACGAGCAGCUUCUUAAAACAGGCAGCAGGAACUUUCUUCAUAGACCUAAAGGACUUUCAGUGCAUUGGUUGAGGAACUGACUUUUCUAUCUUAAUUAUAUAAUGAUAUUAUUAAAUUACCUGUAGGGUUAACCCAAAAUCAUAUAAUAUUUAUCAGCUACGUUGGUUUCUGCCAAAGAUGGUUAAACCAUAUUUCCUAGAAGUUUAGGAUUUCUCAGUGAAAAAAAAUGGUAAUGACAGAGAAGCAUUUCAGAAGGAAUUUGAUAACUAUCAACUAUUACUGGUCUUCAUCUGAGUUGUAAAAUAUAUCUUGGUUAUAUUCUAAGGAACUACUAGAUUGCAUUUGUAGGAGUGGCAAAGCCUAGCAUGUCUGGAUGAUGAGCCAUACUUAUCAUCUUUUGGCAGAUGUAUAUGUUGCCUGGCAGACACAUCUGGGUUCCUUGGUAAACAGAUUGAUGUGGAAAAUGUUCUUUGAGUUUACAAAGUUUGAAAACUGCCAGUUUACAUAAAAGGAAGGGUGAUAAAUCCUCAUUUUCUUACAAAGCCAGUAAUAUCAAUGGGUGCUUGAUCAAGUAGCUCAACCUGAAGCCACAGUAUGUAUCUGUGCUAACAUUAAUUAAUUAAAUUACUGUGGCCUUGGACAAGCCUAUAGCAGAUAUCUAAAGCAUCAACCAUCCUGUCACUAUUUUUUUUCCAGUAAAUAUACAGAGUCCCAAUUUGGAAAGUAUAAAUUUGGCCAAUAUGUGCAGACAUUUUUAAAGGAAAAUUAAAAUUCUCUCAAAAAAGAGAAGACAUUUGUGACUGCCCAUGGCUCAUUUUCUGAUUUCAACAGAACUGCUAGUUCUUCGGUAUUUUUUUUUUCUUCCUAGAAUUUUCCUGCAAGUGCAGGAUCUAGUUUUUUCAGAUCAAACAAAUGUUGAUCCACUAGUUGUGACAGGAAUUGACAGAAUGGCUUGCACCUGAGCCUGCUGUGCCAGGUUGAGAUAGGGUGAUGGGCCAAAGUGAGCCAGUUGGAUUUUAUGCCUAAGGCAGAACUCACAAUCGCCUACUUUAUAGCUUGGUGCCUUAACCACUUGACCAAAAUGUGUUGGUAUAUUGUCAUACCAAUUAAACUCUGAAGUUGGUGCUAUUUUAUAUAACUAAGGUGCUACAUUACUUUAUCAAUUAUCUUGUACAUUUCAGUUACUCAAAAAUAAGGCAAGCUGGCUUUAAUGAAAUUUAAGUGGUUUAACAACAACAGCUGACCUGACCUACAACAGUGAUCUAAGAUUAUGAUAUUAAUCUUUUGACCAAAACACUCAUUGAUAUGGUUAUAAAUCAAUUGUUUAAAGAUAGUGUACAUUACAGAAUGUCAUUUCAACAUGUUUAUACAAAACUGAGAGUCUUGGUUGCAAUGAACUUAAAUAUACAUGUACAAUGAGAAUUUUGCAUAAUAAUUUAAAAAGAAUGGAUGUGCACUGAAUUCAAAGCAUAACCAAAAGUCAAAAAAAUAGAAACAAAACUUCAUUAAACAAGGUGCCAAGAAAUCAAACCUCCAUAUAUCUCACCACAGAUAGAAAAUGCUGCACCAAUACUUGACCAAGGAACCUAUGCAAAUAGCUUUCUGAUAGGUUCCUUGGCAUGCGGCAAUCUAAGAUUUUUCACUCAUGAAAUCUGAUCUCAUGAAGUAAUAUAUCAAAAUGUAAGAAAUUUAAGUUUUGAAAGUAACUUGUGGAUCUAAUAGAUACACAUUUGUAAAUAUGUAUAUCACAGAAGUCUAGCCAUCAGAAAGCUCUGAAUGACUUUGCUUGCAUAUAUGCACACUGUGGAAAAACAAAAGUUUGCUGCUGUAUAAGCAAGCUUGAUUAGCGCACUAAUGCAACUUAAGUGAUAACACAUUAGGUAAUUGUUGUUGCUGCUGCAAAAAGAUUAGUGUCACUUUUUUUCCUUUCUGGCUGGAACACAGUGCUAUGCUUCCCUUAAUGGGAUGAGUUUUCAGUUGAAGAAGAGAUGAGCUAAUCCUUCCUCUAAACCAGUGUUUCUCAAUCUUGCAGGUUUAAGACCUCUGGAUUUCAACUUUCGGAAUUCCCCAACCAGUAUGAGAAACACUGCUCUAAAUUUUCCCUCUGUGCUCUUCUAUUCUAUUGAAGAAGAUUUAGAAAGCAGGCCAGGUAGUGCAGGAAGGAAAAGAGAGGAAAUAAAAUCCUAUUAAGCUAGUGGAAAUUUACUAGUGAUAUGUUAUAUACCACUUUUAUAUUAUUAGAAAAGUAAUUAUUCUUUUUAAUUCCAUGCCUAGUCUUGCUUCUCCCUGUGCUACCCAGAUCUAGAAUAGCUCAGUGGUGGGAUUCAACCGGUGUAACAACCGGUUCGCUAAGUGUGCGCUUCACUUUGAAAUGAUAACUAAAAUUAGUCUGAUUUAUCUGAACAACCUGAAAUUGCCUUCAUUUUACAAAUCAUAGUUAAAACUAAUAUUUAUGCAUUAUGAUUAAUUAAAAUGGAGUAAAUGAGUCUAUGACUCAUACUACGAUAGAGGAAUGAACUUACACACAACAAUUAGAUAAUUUGAAGAACGCACAAGACCUAGGCUCAUUUGUCCAUUGUUAAAUCAUAGUUUAGUGUUAUAUCUGAAAAUAGCUAAUAUCUAAAAGAUUGUGAGAUCAACUUUCCAUCUUGUAACGUGAUAUUGUUAUUAUCUGGAAUCAGCAAUUAAUGUAUUUAUAAAAUUAAACAACCAUUUUUUCUUCUAUAUUUGGCUUAUUUUUGUGGUUUGUUUGCCUGAAAUUAUAGAUCAUUGUCUGAUAUAGGUGUCAUAACAGGUAAAUUUACUUUUUUAUAUCAUUGUAGCUAUAUUACAGAUUGCAAUAAGUAUUACACUAUUCCUGUGGUAACACAAACAUAAUUUUGAAUGAGAAUAUACGUUUAAAUAAAAAUACCCCAAACCGUCAGAUUUCUGAACAUAAGCAUUCUUUUUUUCCUCCCUCUUUAUCAAAACUUGGAAUUGAUUCCCAGUGGGCCAAUAUUAUAUAAUUCUAAAUACAGAAAUUAGUAUGUGUGCAUUAUCCUGAGUCCUUUAAAAAAACUUUAGCAGCAAUCCCAUUAUUUCUCAAAAAAGAACCACCUGAUACCUCCUUCUUUACCUUUUUGGAGCCUGGCAAAGACUUUUUAUUUCUAUGGUCCAUUGAUCAUUCCUAUAUUAUUAUUCAAAGUAACUUUAUGAAUGUGACAUUUUUUAGAUUUUGUCUUUAAGUCUGUGUUUUUGGUAUUAUUUCAAUGCUAUUUUAAAUUAUUUUAAUUGACUAUUUUGCUUGCUAUUUGAUUUUUAUUGAUUUUCUUAGUACCAUUAUUACAUGACAGUUUAAAAGUAUUUGGUCAGAGGAAAACCUGAUUCUAGAAAGAAAUAUAUAGAGUAAUAUUUUGCUUUGUAAGUAGGAAGUUCUGGCAAGUUCUGGCAAUAUAAAUGCUAACAAGAAACUGAAUAAUCCUCAGCACUUUUGUCACAUUUUCCCUUCAUACUUCUCAGCCAAAAACACUACUUGUGCCUUAGGACCCACUGACGAAAGCCAGCAUAGCACUGACUUGCUGGGAAUUUGACCUUUCCCCUCGAAGUAAUAAAUCUAGUUUGGAAAAAAAGCAAUCUGCUUGGUUUAGAAUUAUCAUUUGCCUGAUUGCAUAUAAUCAUACUGAACAACUCUAGUAUAUUGUUUUUUUUCAUAUAGAUGACAUAAUUUUGAAAGAAGCCAACAGUAAUGAUCAAAUAUUCAUCACUAAUGAUAAUGCUCCCAUUACGAAGAACAACUAACUGGGGAAGGACAAUGUUUUCUGAUUAUACAAACCAGUCCCAUUUCACAAUUCAACAAUAAAUGGUUGCUUCUACACAUUAGUUAAAUGGAAACAGUUGCUAUCAGGAAAGGACUCCAUGCACUUGAAUAGCUUUCAUAUGAAUUUAGAAGCUAAAUUAAAUCAAAUUUUUACUGUGUAGUAAGUUCGUGACAGAUGAUACUUUGAGAAAAAUUGUAACUCUAAUUAUAUCCGAACAAAAGGUACUAUCUUAGUUAACACAGUCUUAAGGAAGCAAUGUCCAAGGAAACAUGCAAAAAACAACAGGUUGCAUAAUCUAAAUAACAUUAAACAUUCUUAGAAUCUACAUUACAAUAUAUUUAUUAGGCAAGAUCAAAGGGAUCAAACAGUGCAUAUGCUGGAGAGGGCUGUCUUAACGCAUGGGCCUGAUGGAAACUUGUCCAUGGGCCCCACAAGCAUAGGGCACUUGUCCAUGGGCCCCACACUAAUAUGUGUAUGUUAAUUCUUCAAUGCACUUUGUAUCAUAUAAAUACAGCAACUGUAUGGCUUACUGAGUAUUAUUGUGUUUUUCAUGCCUCGUGUAUUUUUCAAAUAUUUAUCAUGUUGAUUAGUUGCUGCUGCAUAGCAUGUUUUUAAUGUUUCAACACCAAUUUUGUUGGAAGUGCCAAUAAAAUAAAUAUAUGUUUAGUA